UCAAGACUACAAGUCCAAUUGAUAGUAUUAUUCAACAAACAAUUGAAGCUCCUCCUGAUUAUCCUACAUUAUUUGAUAAUUUAUCAAUAAAAAAUAAAUAUCUUAUUGAACAAAUUAAAAAUGAUUUAGAACAUAAAAUAGAGAAUCGAGUUCAAUUGAACUCUCCUUAUCAAG